CCGCGGGCCGCCGAGCGAGGGAUUUGCCCAGCAUGUCUUCACUGACAGAGAAGGACAGACCAAUUGUUCAGUUCUUACUCAACACUGGCACUUGCCCACGAUGUGUUUUGAGGUUCUGCUGCGUGGGAUCACAGAUGCUCUACAGACAUCCACACCAGGAUUUGCUGAAGGAUUUGCAGGAAUUUCUGAAGAACAGUCAGGAAAAUGAAGGCACAGUCUGUUUGGAUGUGGCUGACCCACCUUGUAAGAGAAUCAAACUUGAACACAGGGAAGAAGGUGCUGAUGAUGUGAACCACAACGGAGCCAUCCCGCAGCUGCCCUCAGCUGACAGCGGGAAUACUGCCAUGGAGAGCUCGGCUGGGAAGGUUUGCAACGUGUGUUUGGGAAUUCUCCAGCAGUUCUGUGAGGCUGACUUUGUAAAAAAGCUGUGCCAAAAAGUUAAUUCUGCUGACUACCAGUUCACCAGUUUUGUAUUUUCUGUGUCACUUCCCCCACAGCUGUCUGUCAGGGAGCGUGCUGCUUGGCUGGGGGUGAAGCAGCAGAUGAGAAAUCUGGGCCUUCCCUUGGCAAAGGAUGACAUCGUUCAGCUGAAAGAAGCUUAUAAGUGGAUAAUUCAUCCCCAGUUGUCAGAAGAGUUGGGUGUUCCUGCUGAUGGAAAGAGUCUGUUUGAAGUUAGCGUGGUCUUUGCUCACCCAGAAACAGAGGAGGAGUGCCAUUUCCUAGCCACUGCCUGCCCAGACUGUUUCAAGCCAGCAAAGAACAAACAGUCUGUUUUCACCAGAAUGGCAGUUAUAAAAGCCCUGGAGAAGAUAAAAGAAGAGGAUUUUCUCAAGCAUUUUCCGUGUCCCCCAAGUUCACCAAAGAACCUCUGUGAUGCUCUGGAAAUUCAGUGCAAUAAUGGUGCAGUUUUUGUGGCUGGAAGAUACAACAAAUAUUCCAGGAAUUUACCUCAGACUCCCUGGAUUAUUGAUGGGGAGAGGAAGCUGGAAUCUUCAGUGGAAGAAUUAAUUUCAGAGCAUCUAAUGGCAGAAUUCAAGGCAGACAGCUUUAAUUUCAGUUCCUCUGGAAGAGAAGAUGUGGAUGUAAGGACACUAGGCAAUGGAAGGCCCUUUGCGAUCGAGCUGGUGAAUCCUCGCAGGAUUCAUUUCACCGUGGAGGAGAUGAAGAGGCUGCAGCAGGCAAUUAAUGACUCUUCAGACAAAAUACGGGUUCGAGAUUUACAGCUUGUCACCAGAGAGGCAAUUGGUCGCAUGAAGGAAGGUGAGGAGGAGAAGACAAAGACCUACAGUGCCUUGAUCUGGACAGACAAAGCAAUACAGAGAGAAGACAUUGCGUUUCUAGAUGAUAUCAAGGAGUUGAAGCUGGACCAGAAAACCCCUCUGCGGGUGCUGCACCGGCGGCCGCUGGCCGUGCGCUGCCGGCUCAUCCACACCAUGAAAUCCGAGUACAUCGACGAGCACCACUUCCGCCUGCACCUCAAGACUCAGGCAGGAACCUACAUUAAAGAGUUCGUGCAUGGAGACUUUGGGAGAACAAAGCCCAACAUUGGGGCCCUUCUGAACAGAACUGCUGACAUUCUGGAGCUGGAUGUAGAAUCUGUUGAUGUUGACUGGCCUCCAACCCUGGCUGAUUAACUCCUGGAGCUGGGAUGAGGAAGCAGCAGCUCCUUGGCAGCAGCUGGUGACCAGACACUGUGCAGUGUUACAGCCUGGGUGCCAAGGGUGUCCCUGGAACGCUUGGAUCACGUUGAUCUGCCAAAGGAUACCCUGGAGCUCUCCUUUACACACUCUGGACCAGGCAGUGUUGGUUCAAUCUCUAGCCUUACUUUUAUUUCUUCUGUACAUAAAAAGAUUUUGGGGAGCCAAUGUUUAUAACCUCCCCCCAUCAAGCCAGACUUUAUUUUCAACUUUUUUUGUAUUGGAUACUACAGCUUUCCUUGUGUGGAUGCAGGUAACACUGAGUUAUCUGAAACCCACUCCCAGCUUUUUCUGAGCAGUUCAUGCAGGAAACCCCACAAGCCAGGGAGGCUGCAGACAGCAGGACAGUGCCUGCAGCAAGUUUCCCUGGCUGCUUUUUGGUCAGUGGCAGUAGAGAUGAGCAAAUUUGUCUCUCCGAGUGCAUUUCAAAGGGAAAAAAUAGUUUUCAGAGAAAAACUUUGUGCUUAAAACCAAGUUUUUCUCAUUUAAAAACAUUGGGGAUGCUUCCUAGAAACAAGAGGUGAGGCCUCAUCAGCCCUCUUGAGGAGUAGGAAUUCCCCAGUGAGUCACAAUAUAUAAAAAGAUUGGGAACUUCUGGCAGUGGUGCAUGAUGGGAAUCUAAAGAAAAACAGGAAUACCAAGAAAGUGCAGGCAAAAACAAAAGGUACCACAGGAUGCUGGUAUUGAGAGAGAGAUAAAAAGCUGUGAUUUAGCAGCAUAAUACAUUUUUUCUUGUACCUCACCUUGGAUGGAUGCCUGGAAGAGUUGAACACAGCCUAGGAACUUGCCUGGAAGGGGGAAGAUCUGAGGUUUUCUUUGGUUAUUUAAAAUAUUUCUUACUAAGCACCACCUACAUCUUUAGGAAGUAAUCUUUUAUACCUGUGUCACGUUAAUCCAUGAGGGAGGUGCUUCCCUGAAGUACAGAAGAGUGUUUAAACUAUCAACAAGAAAUUAAGGUUUGGAAUUUCAGAGCUCUUUGUUACCAUUUUGGGAAUAAAGAGGGUAACAUUUGCCAAGACAAGCCACUGUCUGGGGACAGGGAGGAUGACUGGGAUGUCUUCCCUUGAAUUCAGUGAUUCUAGUAAAGCUCCAUGACAGUCUGAGCUGGAGGCUCUAAAAGUGUUAAAAAAUACAUUUGUAAGGAACUCCUUUAAGGCUCUGCCUGUGCUGGGCUGUCAAAACUUGUGUCUGUAAUUUAAGUAAUUCAGAAGCUUCUGACUUUCUAACACAAAAAUUUGAUUCAGACAGCAAUAUUAUUUUUGGUUUUAAUAUUAAAGCUCUUAUGAGCAACAGAUACCAUGAGCAGUCCUCAGAUAAUAAUCUGCAGCUAGGAAGGAAAUGUCAUUAAUGAUGGAAAACCAGAGAAACUGAAUUCAGAAACAAAAUAGAAUUUCCUAUCUGAGUGAUUUCUUAAAACGCACAUUGAACUGAAAUGUGAUUUAUAAAUUCCAUAAGCUACAAGAGGAAAAAAAAUGUCAACAAGAGUGUGCUUUCUGGACACAACAGGCAUGGGAAGAGCUGUUCCAAGGGGAAAUGGAGCCAAAAGGGGGAGAGGGAAAGAGCUGCUGCAGUAGUGCCAAGGACACACAAGGCUCCUCCCUCUGCAGCUCCUGCUGCACGUGGGGAUCCCAGGCAGAAUCCAGGAUAAACAAGGCCAUAAAGGUGACCCUCGGUGUGCUGAGUCUGAGCUCGUCUCUGGGCAAGGCAGAGAGAAAAAUUCCAAAGUUUUCCCAGGUUUUCCUCCCAAAAUUUUUCUCCCAGGUUUUUUUCUCCCAAAAUUCCCUGUUUAUUUUUAUGGUAAAUCUGAAGUAUCUGAAUGGGGGGGAGGGAGGCUGAUAUGCAAAUAUCCCUGAGCUCUUGAGGCAGUUCCUGGGCACCAACCAUGUGCAAAUAUGAAACUGAGAAAUGUAAUCUGGAGCUCUGAACUCUGUUUCCAGUCCAGUUUCGGGACCAUCAUGUACUGAACAUUGCAGCAAUAGUAUUCAUGUUGUACUUGGGCCUUCACCUGAUUUUCAGGAGUAUUUUUGUGAGUGCUCAAAGUGGGUGUUUUGUGAGAGCCAAAUUUCAUCUUGUAUUUCCUCUAAUGCCUUCCCCUGCAUUUUGGUUUUGCAUCAGCUCAGCUGGGCCUGGAGAAAGCUGUACCAGCAAUGCAGCUCAGCCAAAAGCAUCUGUGCCCUUGGCCCCUCUGCCUCAAAACCCAACAGCUCUGCCACAAAACCUGCUGAGGAAGGUGAGCCCUCACUUGCCUUGAGGUUUUACAGUGGCCACCAGCAACAGGGAACAGAAAAUACCCCAGAAAACCCCAGGAUAAGCAAC